AUGUCAGCACGCAAAGAGAGAAAGCAGAGCGACUUGAGAUUCUCAGUCUUCCCGCGGGCUGGGGAGGGGAGGGACGGAGACGCGGAGGUUUGUCAGCCAGCGCGCUCCUCUCUGCGGAGGCGAGACCCGAGUCCCUGCGGCGGCGUUGGUGGCUUUGCUUGUCGUUUGCGCUCCUCCUCAGCAGGCCUCCUGGCCUCCUCCGUUUACUUAGAAAUGGGAGUCAGAACGCUGCACCUUCGCUUCCUCCCAGCCCUGCCUCCUUCUGCAGAACGGAGCUCAAUAGAACUUGGUACUUUUGCCUUUUACUCUGGGAGGAGAGCAGCAGACGAUGAGGAGAAGAUAAUGAAUGUCAAAGGAAAAGUGAUUCUGUCAAUGCUGGUUGUCUCAACUGUCAUUGUUGUGUUUUGGGAAUAUAUCCACAGCCCAGAAGGCUCUUUGUUCUGGAUAAACCCAUCAAGAAACCCAGAAGUUGGUGGCAACAGCAUUCAGAAGGGCUGGUGGUUUCCGAGAUGGUUUAACAAUGGUUACCACGAAGAAGAUGAAGACAUAGACGAAGAAAAGGAACAAAGAAAGGAAGACAAAAGCAAGCUUAAGCUAUCGGACUGGUUCAACCCAUUUAAACGCCCCGAGGUUGUGACCAUGACGGAUUGGAAGGCUCCUGUGGUGUGGGAAGGCACUUACAACAGAGCCGUCUUAGAUGAUUAUUAUGCCAAGCAGAAAAUUACCGUCGGCCUGACGGUUUUCGCUGUCGGAAGAUAUACAGACCGUUAUUUGUAUACAUUUAUAACAUCAGCUGACAAAUAUUUUAUGGUUGGCCAGAAAGUCAUCAUUUACAUCCUGGUAGAUGACUUCUCUCAGGUGCCCUGGGUAGAGCUGGCUCCCCUCCGAAUGCUGAAAAUUUUUCAAAUAAAGCGAGAGAAGAGAUGGCAAGACAUCAGUAUGAUGCGCAUGAAGAUCAUCAGUGAACAUGUUGUGGAUCACAUCCAAUAUGAAGUUGACUUCCUCUUUUGCAUGGAUGUGGAUCAAAUCUUUGUAAAAAAAUAUGGACUGGAGACUCUAGGGGAGUCAGUAGGUCAGUUACAUGCUCAUUGGUAUAAGACAAGUCCUUCAGAGUUACCUUAUGAGAGGAGUCAGUCAUCAGAAGCAUAUAUACCUAUUGGUAAGGGGGACUUUUAUUAUCACGCUGCUGUCUUUGGUGGUACUCCUAUUCAGGUUCUCAAUAUUGCUAGGGAGUGCUUCAGAGGAAUCAUGAACGAUAAGAAAAAUAACAUUGAGGCAGUGUGGCAUGAUGAAAGUCACUUGAACAAAUAUUUUUUCCUCCAUAAACCCACUAAAAUCUUGUCACCGGAAUACUGCUGGGAUGAGUUUGGAUCUAAUAGUAUUAAGAAUGGCACUUUCAAACUCUAUUGGGCUAUUAAAAAUUAUGACUUUCUUAGACAGUCAGUGUAA